AUGUGGGAUGAAAGAAGCCACCGGUACACGUGUGUGGCGUGCACGUGCGCUUCAUAUGCUCACGCAUGGGAAGAAGAAAUAAAUAAAAUAAAAAAGGAUGUGCCGAUAAAGAAAAGUUCCUUCCCUCGGAGAGUGAUCCCAUCUGAUUCGGAAGUGAUGGCGACAGCCAGUGGCAGUGGAAUAAGGCACGGUUCUUCUUGGGUACAGAGGAAGAUCAACCUGAGGCCACAGCACCGGGGCGGCCAUCUCAUAACGGACGAGGUUGUGAAACAAAUGCCAGAGAUUUCCCAGUUCGCCGUCGGCCUCUUUCACAUACAGAUUAUGCACACAUCUGCAAGUUUGGCAUUGAAUGAGAACUGGGAUCCAGACGUUCGAGAUGAUGUAGAGAACUUCAUGAAUAAAUUAGUACCGGAGAACCUACCUUACCAGCACUCCUGUGAAGGUCCUGAUGACAUGCCUGCCCAUAUCAAGGCUAUUCUGUUUGGGUCGAGCCUGUCCAUUCCGAUCACGGAUGGCAAGCUCAACCUGGGCACCUGGCAGGGCAUCUGGCUCUGUGAGCAUAGAAACAGGGCAGGCUCCAGAAAAGUGGUGGUGACAAUCAAUGGCUCCUUGAAAGACUGAAGGGUAGGGUGGUGUGAUGACUACACAGACUUUGCCCCGAGGCAGCCACAAGACGCUCUUUGUGGGAUUGCAGUGAUUGAGGGUGAAAUUGUGCUGUAGCUGUGCCAGGGCAGUGUGAAAGCAAGGAGAGCCCACGGAGUACACGGCUUCUCACCGCCGCCACCACCAGCACCAGCACCACCACCACCGUCACGAAAACAGAGCAACCACUGCCACGGACGUCAGCGACCAGCGAAGGCAUCACCCCGGGCUGCUUUUCUGCAGGCACAGAAGAAAUUUGAAAGGACACUUACGUAUCCCUUGUCAUCCAGCUUGCUAUCGAUUACUUUCUUGUGUCACUUUUCUUUUUAUUAUUUACAUUGAUGUUCGUUGAUCGUCGGUGCUAUGUACUUCAUCUUAUUCUAACACUUGUGCAACUGUGCUGCCUUAAUGCAAAGCGACAACUUGUUUGGCAACCAUCUUGUCAUCAUUCUGUUUGAUAUUCACAUUGUGUCAGCUUUGAAGCUAUGGUUUUUAGAUGUGGCAGAUGAAAUUAGCAUCGGUUGAUUUGAACUAACAGGAAGUUUUUUUUUCCCUCCGAAAACAGAUGAUGUUACGACUACAGCCCCUUUAUGUCUGCGGUUUAGACAUAUGCUUCAAGGACGAGGUCAGUGGUUAUUGAGACAUCCAUCUGUUUGGACACUUUUCGCCUCACAACCACUUACAUGGAGCUGUUGGCACCUGCGGGUGCAAUUGGGAAUAGAUGGACAGCUCUCUCUGUGACCUGUGUGCCUGUGCAACUGUGCUACAGCACUAGAGUGUUUAUUGGCAUUUUCCUUUUGCGACUCCUUUACUUUACACAUUCCCCCUUUGGCAUGAAGGUUCUCAGUGACCUGUCGCAACAAUGAGGAGCCACUAGACGUAGACCUUUCGACACUGACAUCACCUCUGCGCUGCGAAUGCAGGCUUGUAAUUAAUUGACCAUGCUAAUUGUGUACAUACUUCUGGUAGCACGGUCACCAAUUUCCUAACAUUAGUAGGACGCUCUGGUUGAGUCCAUUGAAGUGACACCAUGGUUGUUGCUUACAGUACUAGUCUAUCGGUCUCUCUCUCCCUUUUUGUACCACGCAGUAAUUUCAGGGUUGUGCAAAAUGACGAUAGUUGUUUUCGUGAACGAAGCCUCGAUGGCAGUGUUGGCCAUUUUGCCGGCCACAAAAAAUGUAGUGUAUAUCCGAGGAGCGAUCCCACUUAGUGUGCACUUGGAAACGUUUGGGCGCUGAGCCCCCUUGUUGUAGGACUUGUCAUGGUCUGAUGCAUUCGGUUGUGCUGGGCAGACGAUGAAGUGAGCAAUGCCCUUUAUGUGCAAGGUGUCUGCAAAGUCCUGCCAUUACUUUUCUACUCUGCUGUCUAGCGCCUCUCAUGCUGAGCUGCUUGUACAUAGCGCGGUCAGAGUGGCACAUAGCGCAGGACUAGCGUACUUUGUUUUGAGCGAAACGUAUCCACGCCAAGCUUUGGUCAAUUUUUGUGCCAGAGCUUGUUCCAGAGCUGUGCCAGAGCUCCGUGUGUUCUGUAAAGAUUUCAGUUCGGUCUUGAGACCACUGUGGGAAACUGACGCAAACACAGCCUGUGCCCUUUACAAAGGCAUUGGGAAGCAGGAGUGAAAAUUUUGCGAUUCCCUACGGAAUGACGCUGCAUUUUACAUGACUUGUGUGUAAGUCGUGUAAAAAAGUGCCCACAGUUUUCUGGCCAUAUUGGAGGGUCUUUGCCGUUGAAGUCCAUGAGGAAAAAUGUAGCGGCUUAUAAAAUCGGGCACACAGAUGGUGGCACUGCUACUCAUUAUUGCGAACUACACCGCCUCCCCCCCCCCCCCCUUUUUUUUUCAUGUAAUGUGGGCCCAGCAUUUUUGACAAUGCUUAUCGUUAUUUUCUAUACAGUUAUGAAGGCAUUUGUUUUUUAUGUAGAUAUGAUGCUGGAACAAAACUAAUAUAGAUAUACCAUCUGGCUGUAAUGUAGAUGUAAUGCUUAGUUGCAAACUGUUUUCCCACCAUUAGCAGCGACUACAAAUAAUGGGUACGCAUGUGGUUUGUAAAUGUCAGUCUUCAAAUGUUCUUGCAGUGGCUACCAUCAGAGACUGGAUGUUAAAGGCAAAUAUCGAUUCACUUAAAGCACACACGAAGAUCAGUAGUACUAUCUGCUUCCAUCUAAUUUUUACAUUAGUUAAACUUUGCCUUUUCUUCAACAUUAAAAGAGGCGAAGCAGGGAUUGUAAACCUUAGAAUUAGCAAGCUUUUGAAAAGUGGAAAUGAAUGUUGCGUCUGCCAGAAAGCAUUUAUGGAAACUGCCAAAUUAUCAUAUUGAGUUGUAAGGCCAACGGUUACAAAAUUACGGUUUCUUAGCCUGUACAGCUUACCAUAUAGCAUACUGAUGUCAUGAGCUGGCAUAGUGGGUUAAUUUACCUGCACACAGAAAAAAAUUGGUGUGUGGAAAAAUCCUCACAAGUGGAUUUAACUAGCUGCCACUCUCCUCCUAACUCUGUCAUAUAUACAUACCUAUUUGUUACAAAGGCAGUCUUUAAAAUAUAUGCAUAUAUUAGCAUAUCAGAAAUACUUCCUUCUGAGCCAAUUUUACUGUCUAAUAAAACUAUCCAAAAGUGAUUAUUGGCUGCAUCAACAUCCCUUUCUGCUAAGCAUAAUUGCUUCACUGAUAUUUUUGCAACGUGCUCACUACUCUGCUAGCCAAAUGCCAUCUCUGUGUAUGUGGUGUAAAUUUGUACUAGUGAAAAUGUAUCGGAACACUUUAAAUCAGAAGUAGGCGUUGGAUGUUGUGCACUUCUGUGCAACAGCAGUUACGGAACUUUUCAGAAAGCGCAGUGUCGUUAUGAGAUGUGAUUACUGCGUCAAACUCCGUGCGAAAAUCUCUGAUGACAUGACAGCUUGCUGGUGUGCUUGGGAACUUGCAGCAAGUGCAAUUGGUACAAAAAUUGAGGAAGAUAAAAGGGUGCCUGUGUUCCUCGUGAUUGCAUGGGUUUCAAAAAAAAAAUUUCACGCACAAAUUAGCCCUGUUACGUUGGCAACACGUGACGUGACAGUGGUAAUACGUUGGUCAACUGUCCCCGACGCACAUCGAACUGUCCAUUGCAGCCUUCUCAUUACUUGCACCACCAAGAAAGAUUGAUGCGCAUUUUUUUUUUUUUUUUUGCUCCUGCACAAGCUUCUAGAUGUGACAGUGCUUGCUUGCUUGCUUGUUUGUUUGUUUUUGUCUCCAUGGUGAUACUUGUCUUGGAUGUGUUGAAAGUUCUGUAUGCAGUGUUGUGAUUCCUUGCGUUUUCCAUGUUUGUAUAGAAAUUAUGCAGAGUUGACAUGGAAUCUGCGUCAUUUUCGUAUGAGUAAUACAGAAAGCUAUGAAACUGUGACUAGAUGCAGAAGUGCAUCACUAUAGUUCUCUGUAGGGUUUUGUCGCGACGUGAAGAUGAUACAGAAAAAUUUAUGACGCAUGUAAUCUUUAUUUGGUCAAGAAAACUACGACAGCGGGCAGCAGCCAUUAUGCAAUGUGCAAUGUAUGUAUACUGGUGUGGAUGGUAGGAGUGGUAGAGCCUGUGAAAGUAGCUGAAGCUGUUGUGAGGGGGUGUGUGGGACUCUUUAUGUCUCGUUUGUUCGUUCCUGCAGAAGCUGUUGCUGUGCUAUAUUGCUCGAACUUUUGCUCUUCUAUAACAGUGUAAAAAACUUAGUAAAAUGAAUUGCCGAAUUUUUUAUAGCUCAUUUGGCACAUUAGUGAAAGAAAGACCGAAUUUUUAUUCUUUACUGUCCUUGCCAUUUUACUAGUGCAAUAGAAUUAAUGAGAUCCCUGUGGCUGUGUGUUGUGGUGCGCUUGAACUUUUGUCAUCCACUUCAUAGAGCGCUGAAGACUAUAUAUUAUGGUCAUUACCUAAGACGGUUAAGUUUUUAAAAAUUAUGGUCAAUAGGUUUUCACCGUAUUCACAAAAACUUAACUAAAAUAAAUAUGUGUCUUCGGGUAUAUUUAAGCUAUGCAGGAUUACCCGAGGAUGCAGUAAACAAAUCAAAACUUGCCAAUAUUUUUCUGCUUUGCAGCGGCUCCUGACUGAAUGAGAGCAGUUUUGGUGACAGUCAUUUGUUGCACAUUGCAUGUUUAGGGAAAGAGCAAAGCUUGAGGAGAUGAAAAAUUCUUGAACACAGUGUUGCCGGAGCCAACAUUUUGACAUGCGGACUUGCCUUCUUCGAGUUACAGCAUUGAAGAAGACAAGUCUGCAUGUCGAAACGUUGGCUCCAGCGAUACUGUGUUCCAGAAUUUUUUGUCAAAUCGCAUGUUUGUAAGUCGCAUGUUUGUGUUUAUGAGGUGGGUAUUUUCUUGAGGUUCUUCAGUGGCUGCUGGCCUUUUACGCGAGUACAUAAUUAACUUGGAGCAGCGUGCGUUUCACGUAAUUGCUGCUGGCUCUUGCAUCCCGUCAGGCUUUCAUGUUUUUCGCGCUUCAAUGCUGCUGCUCACAGCACACUCACAGCCACACUUCCCAAGCUCCGUACAAGCCCCAAUAAGGUGGGCACCCACAACGUGUGGCAUUUCAUUCACGACAGCAAACUGUCUCGCAGGGAGCACCUUUUGGCUGGACGAGAGCAAAACAUAUCAUUUGAAAGAUGUGUUCCAGAAAUUUGCUGUUAAAACUUGCUGAUUUCUGCGUGUGAACGCGGUUUCUGGGAUGUGUGUAGACCGUGUACCUUUAUAAUGCCGGGGCAUGUGUUUGUGUAUGUGUGUACAAAAUGUGCAUUGGUGCAGAGCCACCUUCAGUUUUUCUUUCUCCCCGAGUUUCCAGUGUAGUGCUUUAAAAAAAAAUGAGAGAAAGAGGGACACUUUAUUGUGAGGCUGUUGCUUGUGAGAGAGGGAGAGAGAAAGAAAAAAAAAAUGACAGUAAUCCCAACUGUGCCAACGGUCACUGUUACGAGACCAGCAGGCAAACGAUGACAUAGUUUUGACUGUUGUUCCUACGGCCUCCUUGUUCUAGCUUCCCUUCGGUUCCAUGCUGGUUUCUUCUUGCUGUUGCUAUAAUAACACUUUUUGCUCAAGACCUGAAGGAUGCGAAGGCGUUCUUAAUCCAUUCAACACAAGCAAAUGAGGUCUUUUACCCAGUCUUCCUAUGAGACCUCUUGCUGUUAUUCUUGGGAUCUCUCUUUUGUUAAAUAAAGGCUCACAGGCAUAAUUCUCAACUGCUCGCCACGUGUGCUGUGCAGUGAACUCAAAAGG